AUGGGGCUCAAUCUGACACUCACAAAGCCACCAUACACUGAGCCACCGCGUGGCCCAGGAAGCCUUGCACCCAGCAACACCAGUGAUGGGCCAGAGAAGAACAGCACACUUCACAACGAAUUCGACACCAUUGUCCUGCCAGUGCUAUAUCUUGUCAUAUUUGUGGCAAGCAUCCUGCUGAAUGGCCUGGCAGUGUGGAUUUUCUUCCACAUUAGGAAUAAAACCAGCUUCAUAUUCUAUCUUAAAAACAUAGUGGUGGCUGACCUCGUAAUGACACUGACGUUCCCUUUCCGAAUAGUUCAUGGUGCAGGGUUUGGACCGUGGUACUUUGAGUUCAUCCUCUGCAGAUACACCUCAGUUCUGUUCUAUGCAAACAUGUACACAUCCAUCGUGUUUCUUGGGCUGAUAAGCAUCGACCGCUACCUGAAGGUGGUGAAGCCGUUUGGGGACUCCCGCAUGUACAGCAUAACCUUUACCAAGGUUUUAUCUGUGUGCGUCUGGGUGGUCAUGGCUGCCAUGGCCCUGCCCAACAUCAUCCUAACCAAUGGUCAGCCAACUAGAGAGAACAUUCACGAAUGCAUGAAACUCAAAAGUCCUCUGGGAGCCCAGUGGCAUAAGGCCGUCAUCUACAUCAACAGCUGCCUGUUUGUGGCAGUGCUGGUGAUUCUCAUCGGGUGUUACAUUGCCAUAUCCAGGUAUAUCCACAGGUCCAGCCGGCAGUUCGUGAGCCAGUCGAGCCGCAAGCGGAGGCACAACCAGAGCAUCAGGGUGGUGGUGGCUGUGUUCUUCACCUGCUUUCUGCCCUACCACCUGUGCAGAAUCCCCUUCACUUUCAGCCAUCUGGACAAGCUUUUAGAUGAAUCUGCACAAAAAAUCCUAUAUUACUGCAAAGAAAUGACUCUCUUCUUGUCUGCCUGCAAUGUGUGCCUGGAUCCCAUCAUUUACUUCUUCAUGUGCCGGUCAUUUUCAAGAAGGUUAUUCAAGAAAUCAAAUAUCCGAACCAGGAGUGAAAGCAUCCGAUCGCUGCAAAGUGUGCGGCGCUCGGAGGUGCGAAUAUACCACGACUACACUGACGUGUAG